AUGCACCACCGCAGCCUGCUGCCCCUGGUGCUCUUCUGCAUCGCGGCCUCCGCGGCUGCGUGCCUCCCCCGAAGAUGCAUCGUCGCCACGUCCCGUGAGACCACGUCGGACGCGGCCGCCAUCGCCGACGCCUUCGCGAGGUGCGCCAGCGACGCCGAGAUCAUCUUCCCCGCCGGCGCCGAGUACAGGGCGUACGAGCCCGUCGUCGCCACCAAGCUGAGCAACGUCGUCAUCACCGUCGACGGCAACCUGAGCCUGCCGCGCGACAUCCCCGCCCUGCAGAAGCUCGUCGAGGUUAAGGGCGGCCGCCUCACAUGGUUCCGGCUGGGCGGCACCAAUGUGCAGUGGAUCGGCUCGUCCAAGCCCGACGCCGGCUGGAUCAAGUCGUACGGCCAGGCGUGGUGGGACCUCAACAGGCCCGGCGAGGCCGGCACGCCCAACCGCCCGCACCUGAUGCAGUUCAACGUCACCAACGGCGUGAUGCGGAACGUCAAGUCCAUGAAGCCCAUCGGCUGGAGCUUCUCGAUCGAGGGCAGCAACAUCUCCAUCUCGGACGCCGUCGUCGACGCCCGGUCCGAGGACGGCGGCGGCUUCCCCUUCAACACGGACGGGUUCGGCGUCGGCGCGACCGACGUCACCAUCACGAACAGCAGGAUCCUCAACGGCGACGACGCCGUCGCCGUCACCGACGGCGCGAGGAACGUGCUCUUCAAGCAGGCGACCAUCGGCUUCCAGACGCACGGCAUGAGCGUCGGUUCGCUGGGCUCCGACGCCUCGUCCUCGGCCGACGUGCAGAAUAUCCGCUUCGAGGACGUCACCGUCCAGGGCGGCUUGUACGCCGCCCGUUUCAAGAGCUGGAUCGGAGGAAAGGGACUGGCGAGGAACAUCACGUGGAGCAACAUCCGCGUCGACAACGUCACCUUCCCCAUCUUCGUUACACAGAACUACCAAGACCAGGCAAGCCCGGGCUGUAACAGGUCAAACAGCUCGUCCGUCAUGAUGGAGGAUUUCACCUGGGAGCACUUCUCGGGCAACAUCAACACCUACAACCCCGGCGAUGGAUCCUGCACUACCAACCCUUGCUGGUACAACUCAGGUCUCGUGAAUCCCACACACACGGAAGCCGUCAUCAUCGGGUGCAGUGAUGGGAAGUCUUGCAGGGGCUUCCAGACGAGGAACAUCAGGAUUAAUCCGCAGAGUAGGACGGUGCCAAAAGUCAUCUGCAUGAACGCGGCUCCUGAUCUGAACCCCAACUUGGGAUUCGAGUGCGCCAACGGCACGUACAUGAUUUCGCACUAA